CGCAAAUUUCAACCAGUUAAUAAGCUCUCACGCCGCACCGUGCGUUUCUCAUGCCAAGAAGUAAGGGAUAACUUGUCCCGCAAUAUAUUGUUCAUGGACGAGGCGCAGGCUUGCAGAGGUGAUUCACACAUUCAUUCUGGGUGGUAUGUUUGACAAGGAAACAAAAUCUCCGACCCUGAAAACAAGUUUGGCGUCUCUUCAUGGUUAUUUCCAGAGACGUAAAGAAGAAGACGUAGUGUCUGGAUGAGCCAUAUACAGUAAUUGCCUUUUGUUCUGAAGAAAUAUGUUGAAGUAAUUUUGACUGACAUACAUCAGCGAGCAGCAUGGCUGGUCAAGGACAAAUAUUAAAGCACUACAUAGGAAUCAUCAUAGCUGUCCUGUUGACCCAUGAAUGUGUUGUGGAAAUGUUUGAUUUCCCGGAAACAAGUAUAGAUUUACAGUUCAGCAACAUAAAUGGGCAACUGAAUUAUAGUCCAAGACACAUAGAACAAUUAGAGUUGGUUGUUGAAGUGAAUGUAGUGGUGAUUGAACAGAUCAGAGUGUUGUUGGCCUCCAUCACGUUUCCUCUUCAUCUGGACAACAGCACUGAAAUCACUGCUGCGAACAUUACAACAGUGUGCCAACCAAAUGUGACCGACUACCAGUGCGUAUGUGAAGAUGGUUAUGCAUGGUCAUACAACAACUGUCAGACAUAUAAUGCCUGUGACCGCAUCAGUUUUGGCUCUUGUGGAUGUAUCAGUGGUAUUCCCAGUGAUGGAGAGAUCUGUGUGCUGGAGAGUGAACUGCCCUUCACAGACUUCUUGUUUGAAAUUGAGAUGGAAUCAUCAAGCAUCUCUGUGAUUGAUGAGAUGAGGCAAUAUCUGCAGAACAUCACCUUUCCACUUCAGCUAGAUGCGAUGGUUAAAGUAUUACAUGCGGACAUCACAACAGUGUGCAAGUUUAAUGGCAGUAGAUACAAGUGCAUAUGUGAGGACCAUUAUUUCUGGCCGUGUAAUAAAUGCAAAGAAUAUGGGAGCUGUGACAACAACACUAACAGCACAUGCAGCUGCAUCAAUGAUGUUCCAAGGGACAGACAGUUCUGUCAAACAAUCAACGAUAUAACAAAUAACACAGCAUUUGGGCAGCCACUAUCAGUACUACCUUCUGACUACAUGAUUGACAUUGAUGUGAGAUUCUUUGACUUGUUCCUGGUAACCUACUUAAGGAAUCUCUUCACAAACAUCAGCCUUCCGCUCACUUUGAGCAACAGCAUAAGUGUCACAGAUAUCGACGUGACUGCUGUGUGUGUGUUAAAUAGAACAGAAUAUGAGUGCAAGUGUGAGGAGAAUCAUGUUUGGCCCAAUGACACCUGCAGGGCCUAUCAGGUGUGUGAUGGCAUUGUGGGAGGCACUUGUGGAUGUAUUCAAGCUCUCCCUUCAGAGGGUCCACUUUGCCAGAGAGAUAUAAAUGAGUGUCUGUUCAGUCCAUCUGUAUGUGGUCCAAAUUCCAUCUGCACAAAUCAGCUGGGAAGUUACAAUUGCUCAUGUCUGAAUGGAUUCACUGCAACAGUUUCAAGUCUCCCCAUCAGCAACAAUAACACAUGUACAGAUGUGCAUGAAUGUCUUGAGACACUGGAGGUCUGUGGUCCAAACUCUCGUUGCAUCAACUCAACUGGGAGUUACAACUGUUCCUGCUUGAGUGGAUUUACUGUAACAAAUAGGAGUCAGCCAGUCAGCACCAGUAACCCAUGCAAUGAUAUAAAUGAAUGUCUGUUCAGUCCAUCUGUAUGUGGUCCAAAUGCCAACUGCACAAAUGAAAUGGGAAGUUACAAUUGCUCAUGUUUGAAUGGAUUCACUGCACCAAUCUCAAGUCUUCCCAUCAGCAUCAAUAACACAUGUACAGUAGCUCUACCUUUGACUGAAUAUCUUACUGAAAUUCAGAUCAAUAGCAUGGACAGUAGUAUCACUGAUCAGCUGUGGAACCUCCUGAUGUCUUUCAGUUUGCCCUACACAAUCAGUGACAGCACUAACAUUACAGAAAUCAACAUAACUACUGUGUGUUCUUUGAAUGAAGCACAGUAUCAGUGUAAAUGUGAGGAUCUGUUUGUUUGGCCGAAGGACACGUGUCACUCAUAUGAGGCCUGUGAUGUCAUCACUGAUGGUUCAUGUACAUGUAUCAAUGCCCUUCCAACUGACGGACAGUUCUGCCAAUUACUACCUUCAAAAUAUGUGAUUGACAUUGAUGUGAGAUUCUUUGACUUGUUCCUGGCGGACUACUUACGGAAUCUCGUCAAAAACAUCAGCCUGCCUUUGACUCUGAGAAACAGCAUUAUUAUCACAGAUAUCGACAUGACUACUGUGUGUGGAUUAAAUGGAACAGAAUAUGAGUGCAAGUGUGAGGAGAAUCAUGUUUGGCCCAGUGACACCUGCAGCGCCUAUCAGGUGUGUGAUGGCAUUGUGGGAGGAACUUGUGGAUGUAUUCAAGCUCUCCCUUCAGAGGAUCCACUUUGCCAGAGAGACAUCAAUGAAUGUGAAGAUGCAGUGUCAGUGUGUGGUCAAUACUCAGAUUGUAUUAACAUCAUUGGGAGUCACAUGUGUUCAUGCUGGAGUGGAUUUAAUACCUCCAAUAAAGACAGUCCUGUGAGCCACAGCAACUCAUGUCAGGAUAUAAAUGAAUGUUUGUUCAGUCCAUCUGUAUGUGGUCCAAAUUCAAUCUGCACAAACCAGGUGGGAAGUUACAGUUGCUCAUGUUUGAAUGGAUUCACUACAACAAACUCAAGCCCCAUCAGCAUCAGUAACACAUGUACAGAUAUAAAUGAAUGUCUGUUCAGUCCAUCUGUAUGUGGUCCAAAUGCCAAAUGCACAAAUAAAAUGGGAAGUUACAGUUGCUCAUGUUUGAAUGGAUUCACUACAGCAAACUCAAGUCUCCCCAUCAGCAUCAGUAACACAUGUACAGUCUCUUUGCCACCAGUAACAUCACCAACUUCUACUAUUAUUCCUCCUCUUACUACUACUACAACAACUCCUUCUACUACUAGUACUACUACUGCUACUACUGCUGCAACUACUGCUACUACUACUUCUAUAACUGCUACUCUAAAUACUGCUGCAGCUACAACAAAAGUUCUUAAAAUGUCAAUGAGAAUAAAUAAACAGUUUGAUACCAGUCUCAACAGCCCCAAAGAAGAGAUGUACCAAACAUAUGCAAACGCUAUUAAGUCAGCAAUUGAAGACAGUUACAAAAUGAUGUCUAUCUACAUUAACAAUUCAGCCAAAGUCACUAAAUUCAGGCCUGGUAGCAUUAUAGCAGACUAUGAAAUUAUUGUCAUAAUCAACAUCCUCAGCAGUCCCAGUGGCGCCAACAGCAAUGAUUUUGAAUUGGCACAUAGACAGGUUUUCAACACUCUUGUGAAUUUAGGAAUUCCUGUAGCUCUAAAGGCUUUUUCUGAAAGUGAACAAAAGAACCUGUCCGUUGUGGAAAAAUUUUAUCCCUUUCAAAAGAUGGAACUGAGAUGUGUAUACCCAGAGUCUGUUAAGGGCAAUAUGAAAUGGACAGUAAAUGACCAAGAUCCUAUAGACACUGUUAGAUACUAUACUUCACCUGAUGGUAGCACUUUCAUUGUGAACAAUGCUACUGAGAAAGAUAAUGGUAGAUACUCGUGUAUAAUAGAAAGGGACACCAUACCUUACAUACAGUGGCAAACUAUCAUUCUUGAAGAACGUCCCAAUAUUAUAGUGGGUAAAAAUGAAAUAAAAUUUCAAUGUGUGGACAAGCUUGUCUCACUGACAUGCUGUGAAGCAAAAUAUGAUGUGGAGUGGAGUGGAUUUACUUCAAAAUAUGAUGAAGUGACACCUCAAGUUAAUGGAUGCACCACACUAAAACAUAAAAUAAUGAAUGGAAAUUGUGAGAAUGAAAUCUUUAAAUGCCGACUCAAGGACCCGGUACUGAAAGAUUUCAGUUAUGGCUGGAAAAGCGUCACAGUUCAGAAAGAAAAAGGAGAAUUUAGCUGUAAAAAUGACACACUUGGAGUUGGAAAUGAAAAUCAAUUUGUGACAGGACCCUGUGAAAAAAAUUGGGAUGGCAGUAUAACCUAUCAGUGUACAUCAGGUAUCUGGAAGGAGGUCAGAAGGGACUGUAUACUUCAAGUUAUCAGUGACCUUAAAAGAGAAGUUGAGUUCUUGAUCGUGGAGCAGAUACCAGAGUUUAUGGCUCAGCUCAGUAGUGCUACAAUGCAGAACAACCAUUUAAUAACACAGUCUGUUCUGACUAUCCAAACAAUUGUAGGGAUACUCAUAAACAUUGCUACUAUUUCACAAAACAUUAUCAUCAGUAAGCCUGUGAUGGACGAUUUCCUUAAAACAGUGGAUAUCCUUGUUUCAGAUAAAGCUGCUGCAUUAUGGCAAAAUUUGACAAAAGAAAACACCAGCAUUUCACUUCUGAGCGCUAUUGAGAAUGUAACAGCCCGUCUCUCAGAUGCCAAUUUUACGAUUACUGAAACAUCCAUUGAGUUAAAUAGAACUGUAAUAAAGAACUCAUAUAGUGGGAAAUCAAACCUGCCAAACUCAACUACUGAGAUUCUGAUACCACAGGUUCUUAAAACAACUUCCUUAACCAUUAUUGUCUUUACAAAUCUUGGCAAAGUCCUACCUAGACAUAAUAGUGGCAAUCUAGUUUCCAACAUCAAUGGAGAUGUGGUUGUUGUUAAGGUUAAUGAAACACUUAACAACAUUUCUUUUACAUUUGACAUUACUAAUCAGUCUCUGGGAAAUCCAGAGUGUGUCUUUUGGAACUUCAAUCUCAACACAUGGGACUCCACUGGAUGUGAAGCAAAGCCCUCAGGAAACGAAACUGGCAAGAUUACAUGUGAAUGCAACCACACAACCUCUUUUUCAAUAUUAAUGUCACCGUUUUCCAUUGAUCACAUACCCUUAGCCUUUAUAACUUACAUUGGUGUAACUAUUUCGAUGGUCAGCUUAAUUAUAUGCCUAAUUAUUGAGACUAUCGUUUGGAAGUCAGUGACAAGAAAUGACACAUCCUACAUGCGACAUGUCUCCAUAGUCAACAUUGCUGUGUCCCUGUUGAUCGCAAACAUCUGUUUUAUUGUUGGAGCUGCAAUCGCAGAACAAGAACAGCCAACCUCAGUGGGUCGCUGCAGUCCAGUGGUUUUCUUCAUGCACUUUUUUUACCUGGCUCUUUUCUUCUGGAUGUUAAUUUCAGCGCUGUUGCUCUUUUAACGUACAGUCAUGGUCUUGUCUCCAAUGUCAAGGGACAAAAUGAUGGUCAUUGCCUUCAUAGUCAGUUAUGGUGCACCUUUGCUCAUAGCGGUCAUCACUGUCGCAUCAACAGCUGGACCUCAAAAUUAUACUUCAAAAAGAAAUGCAUGCUGGCUGAACUGGUUUGAAUCAAAGGCCCUGCUGGCAUUUGUGAUUCCAGCUCUCACUAUUGUAGCCAUAAACCUUGUGGUUUUGAUUGCGGUUCUGUACAAGAUGUUGAGGAGAGGAGAUGGUGCUGCAACUCAACCAGAUGAGAAACAUGCCCUGAUGUUCAUUGCCAGAUGUGUGGCCAUUUUGACUCCUAUUUUUGGUCUAACAUGGGGGUUUGGAAUUGGAAAGAUGGUGUCACAAGAUUUAGGCAUUCAUGUGGUGUUUGCACUCCUCAAUUCACUGCAGGGAUUCUUUAUUUUAGUGUUUGGAACACUUUUAGACAGCAAGAUCCGUGAGGCUCUGGCAGGAAGGCUGUCACCAAGGAACAGCUCUAACCAUACCAGGAAUACUAAUGCAGAGCCAUCAUUUUAUAGCAGACUGGGUAUCUUUCGAAGGAGAAAUGUGUACCACUUAUCUACAAUCAGCGUUUUCUCAACUUCAUCUUCAAACAGCUCCAGUGGCUCUGAUACUUUUAUGAAUACUUAAUCAGCUACUUCAUUAACUAUUUAACAAGUUUUCUAAACUGCAUCUAUGUGUAAACUGCACUAUUAGUUAACAAUUUCUAGGAAGUACUGUUUCUAUGUUCUUAAGUAAUACAAAUGACUUACUAUCUACAGAUCUAAUAUUUAAUUAAGACAACAUUUUAUAUAUAAUGCAACAAUUGGCAUGAUUCCAUGCACUUUAAUUUAUAACAGAAAAAUAUAUUAAUAAUACAGGUCUAGAGAAGCUUUAUGUGUUUUUCUUGCCAUUUUAAAUAAUCAGAUUUGUUGUCAAGUUGCUGGUAUUACAUUUAUCAUACUGUUCUGUGAUUAUUAAUAUUAUUAUAAUAAUAAUAAUAAUAAUAAUAAUAAUAAUAAU